CACAAUACUACUAACUGCUCAUGCACCUUCACAAUAUACAACACAGCCCACAAUGCACAAAUACAACCUUACAGCUGCAGCACCCACACAUAACAGCAGACAAACAUGUUAAAACUAGGGACUUCAAAGUCUUGUUUUGGCACAGUAAAAGGUUGCCUAACCCUGAUUCAGAUGGAGAGCUGACAAACUGAAAAAAAAAACACCAAACUUUUUUUCACCAAUCACUCUUAGGAUGUGAAACAUUUUGUUCCUGUAGCAAACUUUACCUGACAUUCAAACCCAAACAUUCCAUGGCAUGACAGAGCCCUAAAAGGGAUUCCUUAUUAGCCAUUGGCUGCUAGCCCCCAUCUGCAUGCAACUGGCUUUUUUUUCUAUUGAAACUUUAAGCCCCCUGUGCAAAACCCCGUGUUCUCAUAUUACAGCUCCAUCCCCCAUGCAGUGCGAGUGGAGUGUCUUCAGACAGUACAUUGAAAGCAGUAUGUUCCUCUGCUGGCUGGGUGGAACAUGGCCGCUGCUCUCUAUGCUGGAUAUACCUCUUUUCUCCUGUUUCCCUUGUAUUGCUCCCUGCUAUGUGCAGCUGGAGAGGAGCUCAGUAUAGAAGAAGUAAUUCUCCCCGAGUCCUCCCUGCAGAAGCCCAAUGUCCUGAUCGCCAUCAUUGCCAGGAAUGCAGCCCACACACUGCCCUAUUAUCUGGGUUGCAUUGAUAAAUUGGAUUACCCCAAGAACAGGCUUGCUAUUUGGGCAGCAACAGAUCACAAUGUUGACAACUCUACGGAAAUUUUACGAGAAUGGCUAAAGAAUGUACAGAACUUAUACCACUACGUUGAGUGGAGGCCUAUGGCAGAACCUGAGUCUUACUCUGAUGAAUACGGACCAAAGCACUGGCCAGCUUCAAGAUUUUCACAUGUGAUGAAACUGCGCCAGGCCGCACUACGUACUGCAAGGGAAAAGUGGUCGGAUUACAUCUUGUAUAUAGAUGCAGACAACUUCUUGACCAACCCUCAAACCUUAAAUCUUCUUAUUAACGAAAACAAGACAAUUGUGGCUCCGAUGCUGGAAUCUCGGACACUAUACUCAAACUUCUGGUGCGGAAUAACCCCUCAGGGUUACUAUAAAAGAACACCCGACUAUGUGUUGCUAAGAGAGUGGAAGAGGAUGGGUUGUUUUCCCGUGCCAAUGAUUCAUUCAACAUUCCUUAUUGAUCUCCGGAAGGAGGCUUCGGGAAAUCUACAAUUUUAUCCACCGCACGAAGAUUACACGUGGGCAUUUGAUGACAUCAUCGUUUUUGCAUUCUCAAGCAGGCAAGCAGGAAUUCAAAUGUAUAUCUGCAACAGAGAGCACUACGGAUAUCUCAUUGUACCUCUGAAACCACAUCAAAGCUUGCAGGAGGACAUAGAGAGUUUCAUUCAUAUCCAGACUGAAGCAAUGAUUGACCGGCCUCCUUUGGAUCCCUCUCCAUAUGUCCAUGUGCCUCCCAAACAUCCGGAUAAGAUGGGGUUUGACGAGAUUUUCAUGAUAAAUCUGAAAAGGCGUCAAGAUCGCCGCAUGCGCAUGCUUAGGAGUCUUUACGAACAGGAAAUCCAAGUGAAGAUCUUUGAUGCUGUUGAUGGCAAGGCCCUGAAUUCAAGCCAGCUAAAGUCAAUGAAUAUAAAUAUGGUACCCGGAUACCAUGAUCCGUACUCUGGGAGGAUACUGACACGUGGUGAAAUUGGAUGCUUCCUCAGCCAUUACUAUGUCUGGAAAGAGGUAAUUGAAAGGGGCCUUGAAAAAUCUCUUGUUAUUGAAGAUGAUGUGCGCUUUGAGUUACAGUUUAAAAACAAAUUAAUGAAACUAAUGAAUGACAUUGAAGAUACUGGACUGGAAUGGGAUUUAAUUUACAUUGGUCGAAAGAGGAUGCAAGUUGAACGUCCUGAAAAGGCUGUUCCUAACAUAAUGAAUCUGGUAGAGGCUGACUAUUCCUACUGGACUCUGGGAUAUGCUAUCUCCAGGCAGGGAGCUCAGAAACUUGUUGCGGCUGAGCCUUUGAAGAAGAUGUUACCGGUGGACGAGUAUCUUCCAGUUAUGUAUAACAAGCACCCAGAAGAGAAAUAUAUGGAAUACUUUGAAUCCCGAGACCUGAAGGCCUUUUCAGCAGAACCAUUGCUUGUAUACCCAACGCAUUAUACAGGCCAACCGGGGUAUUUUAGUGAUACUGAAACCUCCACUAUCUGGGACAAUGAUACCCUUAUUACAGAUUGGGACAGGAGAUACUCAGGAAAAACAAGACAGCAAGACCAGAUACACAGCGAUGCACAAAACACGGACGCAUUGCCACCACAGACAACCCUCGACACAUCCUCUCGUGAUGAACUAUGAUUAUUUUUGUUUAUGAAUUGUACAAAUUGUACUUAGAUUUUGUAUAGAAUUUUUUUUUUACUGUGAAGUUUCUAGUAUAAUAAAAGAGAGACUUUUAUAGAAAUAAAAUCUGUGUAAAGAAAACACAAUAUCUUAAAUUUACAUCUUAAACAACCUAUGCCCAAAUGCCAUUUACCAUAUACAUACAUUGAGCGAAAGUUUCUGUAAAAUACUAUUUAUGUGUAUGUUAUCAAAAUAAUAUAUAUUUUUAUAAAGGCAAAUUUGUUGGGGCAUUUGGUAAUUAAACGCAUUAAUAUGUGUUUUUUUUUUCUUUUCAAACUGGUGAAAUAAUAAUAAGGACUUGCGUACAAAAUUUUGUUCCUGUCUUGGCAAAUCUGUAUGCAGAUUUUAGUUAUUUAAAUGCAAAAUGUAUAGCUUUUUUACAUUCAGUAAGUCAUUGAGAAAUGGAUUAUAAAAAAGAAAACAGAAUUCAUUAAAAUUAUUUUGGUUACUGAAAUCCUGAUAUGAGUUUGUUCAUCAUGUUUAAUUUUAUUUUAGAACAUAAAUCUUGACAACAUUAACUGUUAACUAUGCAUUACCCAAUUAUUCUCUAUCCAGUUUUCCUUUCCAGAAAUGAUAAUUUGGAAAGAUUCAAGCCAUUUUAAAAGAAUGUUCCAUAGCAACAUUGCAUCAAUGCAACGUUAUGGUGCAAGAAACAUAGAGUGACGGCAGAUAAGACCUGUUUGGCCCGUCUAGUCCGCCCAAUUUUCUAAAUACUUUUACUAGUCCCUGGCCUUAUCUUGUAUCUAGGAUAGCCGUACUGUGUUAACCUCUACCACUUCAGCUGGAAGGGUGUUCCAUGCAUCCACUACCCUAUCAGUAAAGUAAUACUUCCUGAUAUUAUUCAAACCUUUGCCCCUCUAAUUUAAGACUAUGUCCUCUUGUUGUGGUAUGUUUUCUUCUUGAAGAAGAAGUAACUGUCUCUCUGUCCAGAGUGGCUUGCUUAUAAGUGGCAAUAAUUUGCAAAGACUGCAUGAAAAAGACCAAAAAGUAUCAAACAAGAAAGAAAACCACACUUUAAGGUACACUCGUCGAUGCACGAACAGUAGAGCCUAGUAUCUAGAAAAGGAGUGGUUAAUACAAACAUUUCGAAAAAAGCACAAGGGUGUAUUCACCUGCUAACACUGCUUAACAGUAUAGGUGUGUUCUUAAGGAAGGCUGUCCAUAGCUUGACAGUCUGUUAAAACACAUAAUUUCUUUUAUUUUCAAUUUUGUUAAGAAACUAUAUUUUAUGAUACAGCAUAAAGCAAGUCCUUAUUUUAUUACAGAUUUCAGUUUACAACAUAGAGAAGUCUGUAAUAUUGUUAAGAAGUAUUUACCAGUCUUAGUCAUUGAUCAAUGAAAGUAGCAUAUUGCUAGUUCUGGAACACCUACAGUAUAUGUACAGUAUCCAGGCGAGCCUCCAUUAUGUUAUCUCCUUGUUUAAUUACUUUGAAUUUUGUUAAAAAACCCACUUGGCUUUGUAAUGUG